UGGCCGCCUGGGGGACCCCUGCAGCCAUUGGGGGGCCUGGAGGAGCCGCCCCCCUCCCCCGGGCGCUCGGGGCCAGGGCGGCCCCAAGGAGAAACGCGCCUUGACCCUGGGGAGACGGUGCAGGGGGCUGCCUGCCGUGCUGCAGCGAGGGGCCUGCGUGGGAACCCCAGUGCCCCAGUGCCCCUGCGGGCCAGCCGCCUCUCGGGGGGAUCCCCACCACCCCCGCCUCUGCGCCCUUAGGUCCCCUCCGGCAGCAACCCCGGCUUGACGUCCGUGGGGGGUGUCACCCCGGAAGCUGCUCUCUCGGGGGCGUGUCAGUCUGUCUCAGAUGCUCCUCGAGUCAGGGCGCCGCCUCCUCCGGUCUCCCCCGACGUCGUCCCAGCGCUUCUACAGGGGCGACAGCCCCACGGAUUCCCAGAAAGACAUGAUUGAAAUCCCGCUGCCCCCCUGGGAAGAGCGCACGGACGAGUCCAUAGACACCAAGCGGGCGCGCCUGCUGUAUGAGAGCAGGAAGAGGGGCAUGCUGGAGAACUGCAUCCUGCUCAGCCUGUUUGCGAAAGAGCAUCUGCACCGCAUGACGGAGGAGCAGCUGAAUCUCUACGAUCGCCUGAUCAAUGAGCCCAGUAACGACUGGGACAUUUACUACUGGGCUACAGAGGCAAAACCGGCCCCAGAAAUCUUUGAAAACGAGGUCUUGGACCUGCUGAGGGACUUCGCGAAAAACAAAAACAAGGAGCAGAGGCUGCGCGCGCCGGACCUGGAGUACCUGCUCGAGCAGCGCCGCUGAGCCCCCCGAGCCCCCCGGGACCCUCCAGUCACGCCUGUCCCGCCCUCCCAGUUCAAUAAAGUUUCCAUGGGCUCAUUCAGAGCCUCUUCGUGGUCA